ACAUGGACAUGGGAUACUAGCGUCCUCUACACUGAAUUUGAAUAAAAACCUACACCACUUGGAAAAAUUGCAUUUUUCUAUUAUUAUUUUUUACACUGUUUGAAAUUCAGUUUUUUCUUUAAAUUGUGCCGCUAAGUGGCCAAUUAGAGAAAAAAAUGGAUUCAAAAGCACAAGCUUUGGUCAAACUGGAUGCAGCGGUACAUAAUCUACACAAAAGUAUCGCAGAUUUUCCUGUCGGUGCAGUUUCCAUAUAUGAUUACAAACCUAUUGAGGAGAAAAUCCAAGAUAUUAGAGAAUCAUUGGUCGCGCUGAGUGCCAAGGUUUUGACACUGAGAGCAAAAGUUGCAGCACAAAGACCAAGAGAUCUGCCGGGUGAACUUAGCAAUGAUGAUUUACACAAAGAAUUUCAGGAUAAAGUAGCGCAAUCAGUAAUCAACAGAUUAGCCAUUACAUCUUGUUUACAAUCCGGUGAAAUUCAAGACAUUUUGGAAAACUCAGAAAAAAAUGAAGUUACCAUACAAUUGAGAAUUAUAAUGGAGAAGUUGUUCAUUUUGAAUGACGAAGUGAUGACCUGGGAAAAAACAAGAGAACAGAAAUUCACUGAAGAACUUGAUUUGAAGAGUGAGCUGCAGAAUGCGUUGUCCGUAUUUAGAGACUUUCUUACCAAUCAAGGAAAUAUUAGAAAGGAAAAGCUCAAAGUAACUAAUCCUAAAAUAGCAGAGCAAAAAGAAGCGAUAGAUCGAAGGCUGCAAAAAAUCAACGUAAUGAAAAGACUGAUAACAAAUAUGUGUGCCGCAGCCCCAAAAGCGGUUAAGGAUCAAGUGCUGAGGGACCUGUCGAAAAAGCACAGAGAGUUAUUGACCAUCGAGGCCAUCCAGGAAAUGGCGAGAAAUUAUGAAUACUCCAAAAAUGGGUAGACCGAACAUUUGAAAGUUUUCCCACUCUUACAGAACUUUUGAAUCUUAGAUAUUUUCCAUUUAAUUUAUGUGAGCAAAUACACAUGAUCGUAAUACGAAUAAUGAUUUUAAUCAUA